AUGCAAGUUUUUAGUUCUUUAAUAGAAAUAUCUGAUAACAAGGAAAUGAAUGGAAUGAAUAAAAUGCAUGAUAGGAUGCUGGACAGGAUCCUCUUCAGUACAGCAGAAAAAAGAGCUGUGCAUUCUGGAAAGAGAAGUGGCAAAUAUUUCUUCACCCAUUCGUUAGAAGAAAGUAAAAUUGAUAUUAAAAAGUAUUUCAAGAAUCUUAUAAUUUCAAAAUUUUUUUUUUUUUUCGUUUUUACCCUGCUACAUCUGUUCGUACAAAAUACGUCCAUUUCUGAUGAGGGAAACAUUUAUGGAAAAGUGCAACUGAGUAGUACAUAUUCAAGAAAAUUAGCCGAGCAAGGAAAAAGUCCUCCUUCUAUGAAGGUUCCCGCAAGCACAGUGAAAAAGAAUAAUGUGUCUGAGCCGUCCUUGCAAAAGGAAGAACAUCUCCAGAAUAAGGAAGAGACAAGCGGAAGUGGUCCUGCGGAGGGGGACAGUGCUAAUGUGAAGGCCUCUAGCAGUGGUGAAGCAGAAGCUGGUGCUGCUGUGAAGGCAGAAAGCAGCGAGACAGCAACAACUAGCCGAGACGCGGCAGCAACUAGCAGUGAUACGGCAGCAACUAGCGGUGAUACGGCAACCCCCACUAGUGAUUCGACUACCUCGAGUAGUGACGCAACAACCGCAAGCAGCGCUACAACAAGCAGUGAAGACUCCGAAGGAAGGAACGGCAAUUCGACUACGUCCAGUGGAGAAGGGACAACAUCCGAUGGGCAAGUGAAAGUACUGCGGAGCUGCUUGAAAAAUAAGACAGGUGAAAAAAGAGAAAAGCGAAAAGUACAUUUUGCUAAUCCCUUAGAAGAUGUAAAAAUAUUUUGUCAAGAUGAAUCUGAAUGGAGCAGCGACGAAGAAGAACAAGUAAAGGAAGAAGAAGAGGAAGAAGAAGAAGAUAUGGGAGACGAUGAUAGCGGCAUUAUAUUCAAAGAAGGAAAAAACAGACGAACCUUGUUUUUAAGCUUCUGGAAAAAGAAAAAAGCACUAAAAAUGAAGGCAUGGGCCUAUAAAUGGAGAGUUAGGGGAACUGCGAAUCGAAAUAAAUCUGGAAAGCAUUGCACCGAACAGGAAGAAGCUAAUGCAACUUCAGCAGAAACUACAAAUAGAAGCCCCGGAACAAAGAAAGGACCUGUAAAUGGAAGACUUCGAAGGGUUACUAGUGUGGAUAACUUAAGUGUAUGA